AGCAUGACUCCACUGAUCAGCUGACUUUGAAUGAGAUGCUUUGCUGUCGAAGGACCUUUUAAGCUUAAAACCAGCCAAUAGAUCCGCGCAAUGCACGAGAAGACGGUUCAGUUUCAUUAAAACAAUCAACACGGAUUCAACACUGAAACUGCUCUAUUUAGUCUUCUAAACCACCACCAUGACCGAAUUCUGGUUGAUCUCAGCACCAGGAGAGAAAACAUGCCAACAGACCUGGGACAAGCUGAUGAUGGCCACGACCCGCACAAACAACCUGUCAACCAACAACAAGUUUAACAUCCCGGAUCUCAAGGUGGGAACAUUAGAUGUCUUGGUUGGUUUGUCAGAUGAACUAGCUAAAUUAGAUACCUUUGUGGAAAGUGUGGUGAAGAAGGUGGCCCAGUACAUGGCAGAUGUUCUGGAGGACAGCAGGGAUAAAGUUCAAGAAAACCUACUGGCCAAUGGAGUUGAUUUGGUAACUUACAUCACAAGAUUUCAAUGGGACAUGGCUAAAUAUCCCAUUAAACAAUCUCUCAAGAACAUAUCAGAAAUCAUCUCCAAGCAAGCAAUGCAAAUUGACAAUGACCUAAAGGCUCGGGCUUCAGCUUACAACAACCUGAAAGGAAAUUUGCAGAAUCUUGAAAGAAAAAAUGCGGGAAGCUUGUUGACCAGGAGUUUGGCUGACAUAGUGAAGAAAGAGGACUUUGUAUUGGAUUCCGAGUACCUGAUUACUAUGCUGGUUGUCGUCCCUAAAACUGGCUAUGCUGAGUGGCAGAAAACAUACGAAACUCUGUCAGAAAUGGUGGUACCCCGUUCAACAAAGCUGCUGUUUGAGGACACUGAAAGUGGCCUGUUCAGCGUCACUCUGUUCAGAAAAGCCAUUGAUGACUUCAAACACAAAGCCAGAGAAAACAAGUUUACUGUGCGUGAUUUCCAGUACAAUGAGGAGGAAAUGAAGGCAGACAAAGAGGAGAUGACACGCCUGUCCACCGACAAGAAGAAACAGUUUGGACCAUUGGUACGAUGGCUCAAAGUGAAUUUCAGUGAAGCAUUCAUUGCAUGGAUUCACAUAAAAGCCCUUCGUGUUUUUGUGGAGUCGGUGCUGAGAUAUGGGCUGCCUGUGAACUUCCAGGCUAUGUUGCUUCAGCCAAACAAGAAGAACAUGAAGAAGUUGAGAGAGGUCCUUUAUGAUCUGUACAAACAUUUGGACAGCAGUGCUGCAAUCAUUGAUGCCUCUAUGGACAUUCCAGGGCUAAACCUGAGUCAACAGGAGUACUACCCUUAUGUUUACUACAAGAUAGACUGCAACUUGCUGGACUUCAAAGUUUAGUUACAUUACAUUGCCAUCUUGCAUUGAGUUUUAUGUGACAUUUACACAUAUAUAACUGUGCUUUUUUAAACACUUUUGAUUCUUUGUGUCUCUUAUUUUGGGACAAAACCAACAUUUUUGUUUGAAAGUCUGACUGAGAAAUAUCCUCUAACUUCACAAACAUUUUGUACAUUCCCUGUAUUAAAGUUGAAAAUUGUGCAUUAUGAAAGUACUUUAUUCAAAGUGGCAAUUUGCUUUGUAUGCUGUUAGGGAGGAGUAACUAGAUAAUGUUGCAUAUUUUAUUUAUUUAUAUAAUUAUUCUAAACUGAUGUAUAUUUUUAUUUGUUGUGAGCUCUAUGUAAAAACUGUCUGUUUGCUAGUGUUCUAUUUAAGUCUGUAAAAAUACUCGAAGCGUUUGCUUUAACAGGUCCUAAUAUAUAAUGCUUGGUGGUUGUAAACUUUUAAUAUGUCUGUAUAUUAAGCUACAAAUCCCACUGUCUCGCAGUAUCUGAAAUUGUAUUUAAAGCUCAUAUAAUACAGAAUUAAUAAAUACUGUAUGUGGUUAACA